UUUCACACGCAGCAGCACUUUGUACAGCUUGCAUGUGUAUACAGUUUUGGCCUAAAUAGAAUGCUCGGCAAAGUGUCAAUCGGAUUUCUCUUUUUUUAUGUAAUAAUCACUAACAGUGAACAAACGUUUGCAUCUCGUGCGGUCAAAAAAAAUCUAUCCGCCGUACUUAGCGCACUAUUAGGCCACCAACAAUGGGCAAAGAUCACCGAUGUGAAGACCAAACAUCCAGAUUUCCCAAACGAGAUUGUUUGGUUUUCAGGAAAAGAUUUAUUCACUUACAGAGGUUUGUUCUCUCGCAUUAAAAACACUGCUAGUUCUUAUUUUAGCCUGGAAAACGUGUAUAAAAAACACUACAUGGUCAUUAUUUGGUUAGCGUGUGUGUACGCCAAAGCGACCGAUACAUUUACAAAGUUGAUUAUGAAUAUUUUAUCUGUAAGUUCAAAUGAAAGACGUCUAUCUCAACAUAGAGUAUUCUUGAAAAAAAGACAACGUAAUUUUAAGAAAAUCCGUUCAGAAAAAAUGCAUCGUAAACAAAUGCCAAGUAAAAGGCUGAGAACUGAAGUACAAUAUGACCAUCCAUCACUUGACGAAAAUAGUGACAAUUCGGGAGACACGGCGCAUAUAUCAGAUGAUGAAAAUGAAGACGUCGAAGACCACGUCUAUGACCUUACGUGGACAAUUUUUAAUUAUACGUAUCAAAAAUUAUUGAAUAGUCAGCUGAUGUUCGAAUACAUGUAUGACGCAUUAAAUUAUUUAUUUAAAUUAAUUCCACCCGAGGUAUAUGUUUUACGUCUUAGCAUGGAACACAUACAACAAUAUGUAUUAACGGUAGUGAUGUGGUUCAAAGAUAUAUCGGUAAAUUUAGAAAUCUGUUUUCCAACUUAUAUCGGUGAACUUGAUGUUGAGUACAAGUCAAAAGGUCAACAAUUUGUCUCAAAGUUAAAAAGGUUUAUUAAUAGUAUGAAUCACUUUUGGUUGCGACCGUUCUUAGAAAAAUAUUGCAUAAUUCCCGUAAAAGAAAACCAGGACAUCAAAGUAUUGAUAAAGAACUUUCAAACUGAGUUUAAAUGUCAGAACAGAUCUGAUAUCAUAUAUCAAUUUGGAACUCAAAUUAAUCAGCUCGUCAUAAAAGUAAUCAAUAAUCUUUAUGUAGAUUUAGGUUUCGUGUACACUAAAAAAUUUGCGUUUGAUUUCCUUUCCUUUUUAUCUUAAUAAAU